UUGAUUGAGUUAGGACAACGAUAUUUGUUUAUCAUUAAACUAUACAUGACUACCUAUAUUAAUUAUCGAGAAAAAGAAUCACUUCCGGUUGGUAAAUACCAAAGAAAAGCUCUCUACAGAUUCAAGUUUUGACGAUUUUGGAUUUCACUGGUUGAGUGGUUGAGGUAAAAGUGGUACUUAGAACUAUGUUAGGACGUUGAUUUUAGCUAUUAAUUCAACGCCGACUAAUACAUAUAUAAUUAUCGAGAAAAAUACCUGACACCAAUUACCAAGGUACUUAUAUUUCUGUGAGUCAAGUGGCAUAUAAAAAAAGCUACUAUACUUAGGGCACAGAAUGAAAGAAGAUAUAAACAACACUGAUUCUCUUUUGCUAAUCUUGCAAAGAGAGAGAAGAGGAUAUGAAGAAAAAUCCAAAAGACUAUUAGAGAAGAAAGAAAUCAAACAGACAAGAAAAAACAGUUUUGAAAGUAUGUGUUUAAAAUUAAAAGUAGGAGAAAAAAAUUUGAAAACCAAUGAAAAGAUGUUAAGUGAAGCUAGCGAUAGACUAGGAAGAAGUGAUAAUGAAAGAAUAAUUGAGGCAAAUUACUGUAACCCAUACAGUAAUAAAGGGAGUUUCUAAAGUUCAGGAAAAGGUGAUUGAAUGAAUAAGCCUUUUUAUUUUGACAGCAAAUUAGGACAAUGGGGUCCUUUUGUACACUUAACCUGUGUAACACUUGAACGGAGUUGGUCUUGGGCUCUGGGGGUCAUGUUCAGUGAAGUUAUGCAGAAAUAUUUCUUAAGUGCUUCUUUGAGUGUGAUUGCAAUUGGCAAACAUCUACAAAAAUCUACAUAAAAUUAAAUGUUUUGAGCAAUCAUAGUUUUGUUGUCAUUGCUUGUAUUGUAAUGUGUUACUAAAAUAACAGGAAGUACUUUGUAAUAUAUAAACCAUGUCUUUACUAUUAAUAUUUUAUCAUAUCAUUGCCUUAUCUGUAGUAUGUGGCAGGUUUGGCCGGAUUAUCAUUUCCCAUCUUUAUGUUUACAGGGAUUUUUUGAAGCGAAUGACAUCCACAACAACAGGAUAGCUGGAUUUGAAGUAAAGGCACAAGCUAACCCUACAGUGGUCCACUGUGAGAUCCAUCAUGGGCAAACAGGAGGAAUAUAUGUGCAUGAAAAUGGGUUGGGACAGUUCAUAGACAACCGGAUACACUCUAACAACUUUGCUGGUGUUUGGAUCACAUCCAAUAGCAACCCAACUAUCCGCCGCAACGAAAUAUACAAUGGCCAUCAGGGUGGUGUCUACAUCUUCGGGGAGGGCAGAGGUCUUGUUGAACACAACAAUAUUUAUGGUAAGUCCUUAGGCAACCUACUCAUUCAUAGUUAAUGUAUUUUCUUUAUUUCUAACUCUUAAAAUACUAAGAACAGUUGAAACCCCAAAAAAUAUUAUAUCUACUGGUUACCAUUGAACUUAACCAACAUAAAUAUUGUAUUGUUUGAAUCAGCAGUUCUGGAUGGCAGUUGUGCAUUUGACUCCAGCUGCCAUAGUAGGAGAUAGGUUAACCCUUUUAGUGCAGUGGUCUCGCUACGAGACAAUGUAAAAAACACGCUUGAGUGCUGAGAGUCUUGCUCCAAGACAAGACGUUCCUACGCGAAAAGUGCUGAAGUCUCGGAACGAGACGAUUUCAUUUUCAGUACCUCUAUAACUUAUACCAUACUUGCUGAUAUCAUACCAAACGCAAAUGUAUGAACUAAACUAGCCUUUUCAACUAUUAUUUCUACUUUGCACUGAUUGUAGGUGACGUAAACAACUAACUAAAAUGUUUUUUUAUGUUAUGUAAUUGUGUGUUUUUAUUUAUUUAAAAUGUUUCUAAGUUAUAUUAGAUAUCAAAAUUAAUAAAAAAAGUUAUGACAGUCACAUAAGAAAACUAUUAUUAGAAGAAUAUGUUAGUGCCAGUUAUGCGUCCGAGUGUAAUGAAGACAGCGUUGUAGAGUUUGAAACUUGCAUGAGUAAGUUUAUAUUUAUGUUUUUUGAGUUUCGUUUUAGUAAGUAAUGUUAUGUUACACAUGAUUUUGCAUUGUUUUUAAAUGGUUUUAAAUCAUUAUAGUAUUGACAUUUUGAAAAUAAUUUUAAAAAAUUGUAUGGUGAAAAAUAAAAUUUAACUGAAUGUUUUUCAAAACCUGUGCCUUUUUUAGCAAAACAAACCUCUACCACUUGAUUAAUAUUUAUAAUUGUGUUUUAUUUUAUAAUAGUAGGUUGUUACACAUGAUUUUAGGGUGUUUUAAAUGCUCUUUUAUCAUGAAAGAUCAAAAUAAAAAAAUAAAU